UAGAAAUACAAAAGUCAUGUACAAGUACCUCAAACCUGUAUUUAAUUGAUCUACUUUUUCUUCAGGCUUGUUUCUUUGCGCGUGAAUAAACGGCCUUACUCACGAGUCGCUUUAAUUCCGCUUUUAUACGCUCAAGUUUUACAUGACUGACCACCAGAGGACGCAGCGAGGCUGGACCACCCAUCAACCCGACCAAUGGGACUGUUUUUCUCCCAUCGUGAUUAGUGGGUUCUCUUAGUUAACGGGACGCGGAGUCUGCCACACCGGCUCUAACGCGCUAACCAAGCCGCUGCUGUCUCCUCUCCUCCGGCCUCACCACCCUCCUCCGGCUGGAUAACGAUCCGACUCCGACAUCAUGACAAUCUGUCGACGUAAUAACGGAGUUCAUCCGCCAGCGUCGGUCGCUGACGACCAAAUGACGCCAUCAUCGUCGGUGUGACAACAUCGAGUGAAACAGGGCCUGAUCAUGGGAGACAGAACGAGGUCACCAUGUGCCGAUAUCUGUCCAAAUAUGCCCUCAUCUUCCUCUUCCUAGCCCUGUCUGGCCUCAUCUUCCUGCUACGCAACAUCCACACUGUGGAGAACUGGAACUGCCACACUAUUUCAGCCCUCUACCAGCUCCAGAGCAGGAUCCAGUCAUCCUUAGUCCCAUCGUAUCUCCCCACUUUUCAUCACAACCGCACCUUCUGUGCCCAUCUGGGCCAGAAACCCUUUCCCGAAGAUGAACUGGAAGAGCGCUACCUGUUGGACUCCAUCGUCUGGCCCGGGCCUCCGCCUGGCUCCACAACAACCGGCCUGCGCCAGACCAGUGACCCGGUGCACAGCCUGUUCGCCAUCCUUCCCACUAAGGGACGAAGGGAGUGGCAUGUGGGCGAAGAGCUGGAGGCCCUCGUCCAAAUGCAUGACUUCCAGGGUCGUCCUAAGCACUACGGAGGGGAUUUCCUUUUGGCCAGGCUGCACUCUCCGGAGCUUGGAGCAGGUGUAGCGGGUAAAGUGCUGGACCACAGGAAUGGCUUUUACUCCGCCAUGUUCCCGCUCCUCUGGGUGGGGUCUGCACAGGUGGAGAUUACGCUGGUGCACUCCAGUGAGGCCGUUGCCGUUCUGCGGCGGCUGAGGGAGGAACGACCAGAUCGAGUGUUUUUCAAGAGCCUGUUCCGCCUGGGCUUCCUGUCUGAAACGACUGUGUGCAACAUGUGCCUGCCCUCUGACCAACAGCCGCUGUGCAACUACACAGACCUUUACACGGGGGAGCCCUGGUACUGCUACAAGCCUAAGAUGCUCAGCUGUGACACCAGAAUCAACCACGCCAAAGGAGGCUACCUGAAGCACCUCAUUACCAACAAAGAGGCAUUGCUCUUCCAGAGUGGCGUAAACAUUAAAGUUCGCAUACACGCUUCAGGACCCGACAGAAUCAACGUGCUGCCUCCCAGGAAAGAAGUAGAGGUAGAAAACAGCAGCGUAAACCCAGAACCUGGUAAGCUGGCGUCGUCCGGAUAUUUCUACGAGGACUCAUGGAGGUCAUUGAGUGGCGUUACAAUGCGCCCGUUCAACGACUCCUCUGCCAUCACUCAGUGUUUGAAGAACAAGGUGAUCAACAUGUACGGAGACUCCACCGUCAGGCAGUGGUUUGAGUACCUCAUUGAGUUAGUACCAGGAUUAAAGGAGUUCAACCUGCACAGUCCUAAAAACGUUGGGCCUUUCAUGGCGGUAGACAGCAUCCAUAACAUUCUCUUGAAGUACCGCUGCCAUGGCCCGCCCAUCCGCUUCUCCACCGUCCUGUCCAGCGAGUUGCGGUACGUUUCCAACGAGCUGGACGGCCUCUCGGGGGGUCCCAACACCGUCGUGGUCCUCAGCGUUUGGGCCCAUUUCAGCACCUUUCCCGUGGAGGUGUACAUACGGCGGCUCCGUCACAUCCGACGGUCGCUGGUGAGACUUCUGGACCGAGCGCCGGGGACCCUCAUUGUGAUCCGCUCAGGCAACCUCCAAGCCCUGGACCAGGAGGUGAGCCUGUUCAACAGCGACUGGUACUCCCUGCAGCUCGAUGAGGUGCUCAGGUCCAUGUUCAGGGGACUGAACGUGCUGCUAGUGGACGCCUGGCAAAUGAGUUUGGCACACCACCUUCCUCACGCCCUCCAUCCACCUCAAGUCAUCGUCAAGAACAUGAUCGACAUGCUUUUGUCUUACGUUUGCCCGUAGAAGAUAUGGAAGAAGAGUGACAAUAGUGGAUCUUGUUGAAGGAAACUGGGGAGUUAACUGUGUGAAUCCAUUAUCCAGAUGUUCCCCAAAGCUACACACCUUUAAAUACUGUCUUUACUGAGAGACUUCUAGUACUGAUCUCUGUUUACCUGCCUGUUCUAUUUAAUUUUGAAUCCCACGAAACUCAUUUUAUUCUGAAAAUGCCAAAGACUUUGGGACAGUGAUUGUUUCGUCCCAUCUGCUUUUGUUGCCAAAGUGUUUUGUUCAUGCAUGCAGAACUGUUCUUCAAGUUGUCCAUAUUUGUAGUUUGUAUUCUUUCAAGGUUGGAGUUUGAACAUUUAUACAUAUAUUUGUUUGUUAGUUUUGCCAAAGCUGAAGACUCAGUGGGUUCUUAUUUUCCUCAGGCUGUUAAGAAUGUGUUCUCAUGCUCUGAUGGUACAGCACACUCAUUUAUCAGGCCAUUUUAAAUGUUCGGCAAACUACUACAUACAUGAACUACAUUGUUAAAUCUCAUCUAUAUAUGUGGCCAAUUUGGUUUAUCCAUGUUCUUUCAGUUGUUUACAGUGCAGUUCACUGUUACUCCUUAUGACAUAACACAUUAAAAUGGCUGCAUUUAUUGCACUUUCAUCCAAAGUGUCAACCAUAUUUUAACUUAUUGAGGAUCAUCUUUUAUAUGCUCAUCCUUGACUUUUAGCUGGUGACUUCUCCAACAGAUCAGCCUUCAGACAGCUUUGAUAAAUGCACAUCACUUCAGACGCUGUCACUGGUGUGUGUUGACUCAGCUCUUUUGUACAAAUACUUUCUAUUUCAAGUAUUUCCUUUCUGUGUUCAAUUAAAAUCAAGACCAAGUACUUCAUGCUGUCACAUGUUCAUUAAAGGAAGACAGUGGAGACUGGAGUCACCAGGUUUGAGAAAAUGUGCCUAUUUCCUGUCUAAUCCAGUUUGUCCCUUUUAGAAUUAUCAGAGGCAGACUCUGAGGAGACUGUCAGAACGUAUACGAGCAGAGUUGCUGUCAUGUUUGUGAUUGUCAAAUGUGUGCUUUUCUAUCUGUUAAUAUGAGCGGUUGUGGUUCAUGACGGUAUUUUGUCAUUUGAUUAUUCAAAUGAGGUUAGAUCAAGCAGUGAAAGGAUGCUUGAGAUGGAACUGGAAGAUUAAUCUAUGUAAUAUUUCUAUCACUAUAUGGGGGUAUGAUAUUGUGAGGACUAAUCAAGAUCAUAAGAUGGUGAUGCAUCUGGUAUCAUGCCUUGUCCUGAUAUUAAAGCCUUUACAGUACAAUAAACUAAACUGUUACAAUGACACCAUUAGGAGUCACUCAUCCGUCUCAGUCGCUCCGGUUUCUCAUGAAUUCUCAGUUGAAUUCAUUUUUUUUGUGUUGAACAGGGAACGUUAUUAAGAUUAAAAUAUCUUUUAAAGAGAUCUGGCCUAGAGGGAAGCAAGACUGUUGCAAAAUGAAAAAAUAAAAAAAUAAAAAAAAUCAGGUUAAGAUAACGGUCACUCAUGAAAGAAGAGAUAAAUUGUUACCCGGAUGCUUUGCCGUCCCCUCAAAGAGAAUGGGGGAAAAAAAAAACCUGUUAAGAAUUGAGGCAAACGGUUAACAACGGUUAUUAUAGAUGCUCCCUGUUCUGCUUCCUGUCAGAACAUGUAUAGCAAACAGACGCCGAGUCGUACAUCACAUCCACUCCAUACCGACACAUUUUAAUUAAACAUACUUAAAGCAGGUAACUGGUCCACCAGCAGGGAGCAGAGCAUCCAAAGUGAACCAGGUAACAACACUGCUUGAGUGGCCCUAAAAAACGACAUACUAAAUCACUCAUAUUUUUUGACAAUUUUAUUUAAAAAGUUUCAUGUUCCCUUUAAAAACUUCCAGCAUAUCUGCCAAUACUAAAGCUUGCAGAGUAUCAUGUUCUCUAGGAGUAAAAUAUCAGAUACGGUUCAUCAGUAACUUUGGCAAAAACACCACAACAGGAAGAGCGCUCUAUACAAAUGCCAAGAGAAAAAGACAGCGUUGUAUACAAAAACAUCCUGAUGGUGACACUAAAUCCCCAACAAUGCCUUCAAACACAUUCAAGAAGACAGAAGUGCCUCCCACUAAGAAUAACUGGCUCUCAAGGGGAGGCAGAGAUGGAGAAACAGAUUGUGGAGUGUUCUUACAUCCUGUGUGCAGGCUAAAACAUGUGGGCAGAUAGAUA